AUGGGAAGGGUUCCUUGUUGCUCAAAUAAGGUUGGUCUGCACAGAGGUCCUUGGACUCCCAGAGAGGACACAUUGCUCACCAAAUAUGUUGAAGCUCAUGGUCAUGGCCUUUGGAGAACCUUGCCCAAAAAAGCUGGUCUCCUUAGGUGUGGGAAGAGUUGCAGGCUAAGAUGGAUGAGCUACCUGAGGCCAGACAUCAAGAGAGGAAACAUUACUCCAGACGAAGAUAACCUAAUUAUCCGAAUGCAUUCACUUCUCGGAAACCGCUGGUCUCUCAUAGCAGGUAGACUUCCAGGUCGAACCGAUAACGAUAUCAAAAACUACUGGAACACCAAUCUCAGAAAAAGGCUCCUGAGCGAAGGAACUGACCCGAGCACGCACCAAAAACUAUCCCAGCCUCCGGCUUCCAAGGAAAACAAGAGUAAGACGCAGCAGAACCACAAAGCCAAGAACAAGAACAAUAAUGAAAAAAGCUUAGUGCCCGAAAAGCCUAAGGUCCAUAUCCCCAAUCCCACCAGGGUCACUUCCUUUGUUAACCUACCAAGAAAAGAUAGAUUUACCACAGCAAGCACUGCACUGUCUUCUAGCCAGGAUGAAGUUCUGGAUCAUGUUAACAAUGUUGUUAUUCCUUGGUCGGAUUUCAAAGAGGGUGGGGUGGUCUUCUCUGACUGUGAUUGGUCGUCGUCUAAUUUCGAGUGUGAUCAGUCUCGAAUCAUACCUAAUGUUGCAGCUGGUGGUGAUGACUACACUGGGGAAAAUAUAUACGAGGAAUAUCUGCAGGCCCUUCUGAAUACUACAGAUCAAGAUCAGAACUAUCCAGUUGAGUUAGACUCGUUUGCUGAGUCACUGCUGAUCUGA